UUUUUGGGCGGGAGUUUCUGGCUUCACGUAUCGACGUCUCUUCUUCACGCACAGCGCGAGCACCGAGGAGGAGGGAAACAGAAAAUGGCGGACGGUGUCGACCACAUCGAUAUUUACGCCGAUGUAGAAGAGGAAUUUAAUCAGGAGUCAGAUUAUCCUGUUCAUGAGCAGAUUGACCUGUAUGAUGAUGUCAUGUCACCAUCUGCCAACAACGGGGACGCACCUGAAGACCGAGAUUACCUGGACAACCUGCCUGCGCCGGGAGGAUCCGAGGGGAACAAAGGAGCUGCGCCGAACGUCGUCUACACCUACACUGGCAAACGAAUCGCUCUGUAUAUCGGCAACCUCACAUGGUGGACCACUGAUGAAGAUUUGACCGAUGCUAUUCACUCAGUAGGCAUCAAUGAUGUGCUGGAGAUCAAGUUUUUUGAGAAUCGAGCAAAUGGACAGUCAAAAGGGUUUGCUCUGGUCUGUGUGGGUUCAGACUCCUCGUCCAGGAAGCUGAUGGACCUGCUGUCCAAGCGGGAGCUGCAUGGACAAAACCCAAUCAUCACUCCUUGCAACAAACAGUCGCUCAGCCAGUUUGAGAUGCAGUCGCGAAAAAGCAUACAGUCUGGGCAGAUGUCCGGAGAGGGGAAGGCCGGGCCUCCAGGCUCAGGAUCUCGCAGUGGCUUCCCUCUUGGCAAGAAUCGAGGGCGCUUUCCCACCCCACCUGGCCCGGGAGGAGACCGCUUUCCUGGACCAGGUGGACCUGGUGGACCUCCACCACACUUCCCAGGUAUGCAAGGCCCGCCGCGUCCUCCCUCAGGUCCACCUGGGCCUCCAGGACCCCCUGGCCCCCCUCCACCUGGGCAAGGUCUGCUGCCGCCCCUCAGAGGUCCCCCCAACAGAGGAGACCGUCCUCCUCCACCCGUCAUGUUUCCUGGUCAGUUUGGUCAGCCUCCUAUGGGUCCGAUGCCUCCUGGCCCGCCCCCACCUGGAUUCGGGCCUCCCCCAGGCCCCCCUCCACCUCAGCAGGGUCUGCCCCUUCCAGGACCCUUCCCUCCCCGUCCACCUGGGCCCUUAGGACCCCCGCUUGGCCUCGCACCUCCACCUCACAUGCAGGGACCCCCACCUGGAGGUCCACCUCCAGCCCCUCACGUCAACCCGGCCUUCUUCCCACCGCCUGGAAACAACAACAUGCCAUCGUCCGACAGCAGGGGCCCACCGCCGGGUGAACUGUUCGGCCGCCCACCUCCAUACGACAGAGACUUUGGCCCUGGCGGCAGGGACAUGGAUUCGUCUCGCGCUCCUCUGAGUGAAGCUGAGUUUGAGGAGAUCAUGAAUCGUAACAGAGCGAUAUCCAGCAGUGCUAUCUCGAGGGCAGUGUCAGAUGCGAGUGCAGCUGAUUACGGCAGUGCUAUAGAGACUCUGGUGACGGCCAUCUCUCUGAUCAAGCAAUCGAAGGUUUCUGCUGACGACCGCUGCAAAGUCCUCAUCAGCUCACUGCAGGACUGCUUGCAUGGAAUUGAGUCCAAAUCCUAUGGCUCUGCGUCGAGCAGACGGGAACGGUCCAGGGAGAGGGACCACAGUCGCUCUCAUGAGAAGCAUCGCCGCAAGUCUCGCAGCCGAGACCGACACGAGGACUACUACAGAGAGCGCAGCCGUGAGAGGGACCGUCAUCGUGAGAGAGACCGUGACCGCGAGAGAGACCGAGAACGUGAGCGGGAGUAUCGCCGUUAGUUGGAGAGGAAGGUGUGUAUCCUGUUUGUCUCUGUCUUUGUUUUUCUCCCAUCUUUCUUAAGGAUUCAGAUGUACAUGCAUCUUAUCCUGCAGAGGUCGGGACCACAGGUACGUGAUCAGAAAAGUGUGAUCGGAGUGCUCUGAUCCUUAAAACUUGUGUACCUGGUCUUGAGGCCGUUUAAUGUGCAAUAUCAGCUCCAGCAACCAUAAACUGUCCCACAAUUGUUGAUGAUAUCCAGUUUGUCUUUGAAAGGAUUUUGUGUAUUUCAGCAUUUUAUUUUAAAAAAAAAAAUCAAAAUGCAAGUUAUUGCACUUAUUUGUCCAUUUAACUGAGAUUUGCUGCUACUUUUGAGACUAUGCCAAUGUCAAACAACACUUCCCUCCUUAUUUUACCUAAUUGACCAAUUGCUUGCCAAAAAAAAAAUUAAUUCAGGAUAUUUCAUGCCUUUAGAAUUGCGAUUAUGAAAUAUAAAUUCAAUGUGUGACCAUAAAUGUAUAGAAAAUUGAAGUUUGAUGAGAGAAAAUGAAUGUAUUGAAAUGAGCACAAUUGUUUCUCAGAUUGUGCGUUGACAUUCCUGCAGGCAGAUUUGAUGUUGACAUAAUGGUUGUUCUAGUGUUUAGUUCCUCACUGAUUUGUUGUGAAAAGCAAAUGAAUGGAGUCAAAUUGAUCUGCUUUGGCAUUUAAAAACAUGAAGCUUGUAGUCUGUCAGGUUGAGUUGUCAUGGUGUAGGCAAAUUACAUUUUUCAUGUGUAAGGUUUAGUCUUGAGCACAUCUGUACAGUAUAAUUUAAGAAAACGCAUUCUGAAUGUCCUUUGUCAGAACAAGCUAAAUGUAUUUUUACUGUCAAGGGUCAUUUUGUGCAUUCUAGUAUUUCAGUCACAUCUAGAUCUAUAAUGUCAGAGUAACACCAGUUAUGCUUUUCAUUUUAUAUCAUCUCCUUUAAUGCUUAAUGAAUGGAGAAUAACUGCUAUGUUGCUUUUCCAGAGGUAACAUGAACGUUUUUAGCGUUUUUAUGCUUUUUUGUUUCUUAUUCUCUUGGUAAACACAUGUUUGUGAUGAUUUAAGUUUGAUUUAAUAUGCAACAGAUAUUUAAUAAAUAUUUUCACAAUCAGUAUUUAAAUGAAUGCAGCACAUGUCCUCAGUUCAAACUCUGUUGGUCUGAUUUUAGAAACCCAUUACUGUCUAACCUGUUGCUUAAUGGCUCUGCUGUGUGACGGUGUUUCCUACAGGCUAAAUUUGUACAUAAUUUGUGUGUAAAUGCUGAGGACACUGUAAUAUCAUGUGUGAUGCAUUGUGAGUGACCCCACAUAUGCUAGAUUUAGAUGCAAAAAAAAUACAAAACAGUUAAACUAAAACUGCAACCCGGGUUUAGCAAAUAGAUUGUAAAUAUUUUGUUUAAUGUAAUUCUGGUAGCCUCCAAAUUGUUGUUCUGGUCUCCUAUCCAAAAAAUGGCCAAUUAUUCAGGUGUUUGUUUUAUUUUUGUUUUCUCUGUGUUCUCAACUGUAAAACCUAGAAUUGUAGCAACACCAAUCAGAGAAAGUCAGCAAUGCACAAUUUGCAUUUUGAUUUGUUCCGCUGUUAUUCAGAAAUCAUGUUGCACUUUUAAUACGUGUUUUUAGUCUAAAGUAUGCAUCAGGUUAGAGAUUUUGAAUAGAAAUUUUAAGCAUUGCAAGCUUAAAGGAAUUGAAAGCAUUUGCUCCAUGCGUAGAGCCCGGUUCCAUUGGAUUUAUUGGGAUUUUUGAAUGUAGUGCCCAUUUGUCUGGAGUUCAUUUGCAGAAAUGACUGUUCCCAGGUUAUUUGUGUAGGUUUUUCUGAAGUAAUGGUCCUGACGUGGUAUUAAUCACACCCCUUUUCCUCUGUUCACUAUUGUGCUUUAUUAGAUGCUGUCACAGGAUUGGACAAACUUGUGUUUUUGUGAUCGUUACAGGUACUAGUAAUUGUAAUUCCAAACUCAAACUACACUGUAAAAAAACACACUGU